CUGCUUUUGAAACCAACAAACCAAGAAGUAGCAAAACCUUCUCUUUAUGGACUAACCUCCUAUCCCAGCACUCUCCUGCUUUGUCGUCCCACCCCUCUUAUCUAUAGCCAAUGUAAGCUCAGUGUAAAUGAUUUAUUUCUUCUCCCUGGAUUUUCAUGAUAAAACACCCUGGCCCCUUAAGUCUGGUGGACAUUUUUCCCCUGGCUCUCUGGCCAUGCUGCUGGUGGCUUAGGGAAUUUGUCCCAGGAUCAGUUCUUCAUCUUCUGGAGCAUCUAUACGGCUCAACAAACACUUUAUUUUCAGAGACCUCUUAGUCUCAAGAUUUGAUCUAACCUUAUUGGUGCAGCAUUGGGAUCCAGCCAUCUGAAGAAUAAGGAAGAAAGAUAUUUUUCCUUGGGUCCAAAUACGACAUCAAGAAUCACUUUGAGACUACCAGAGGUAAGUCCUUCAAGACAGACGGCUAAGAAACUGCUCCAAAUUCUGGACAGCAAAGGAGACAUAAAGUCCUUCAGGACAGACGGCUAAGAAACUGCUCCAAACUCUGGACAGCAAAGGAGACAUAAAGGUAUCUAAGGAAAAACUGCAGUUUGUUGCAGCAAGGGGAGUGACUUGCUACCUCAGAAACCAGCCUGCUGAUUUUGUAUACUGGAAAAGACAUCUUUGUCAAAAUUCUUUACCAUCCUGCUGGCAAGGUCCUUUCUAGGCACAUUCUGUGAAUCCCUGUGCAGCCAAACUCAAGGAAAUUAACUCCUAGAUCCACGUUUCCACUUAAGAAGAUCUAAACCCACUUGAAUGGUCUAGCACCCCAUUGCCAACAUCAAGCUUCGUCUGACCAGGAAAAAAUAAUAAUAACUGACAUUUUGAGGUUGACUACUUCUGCCUAAGCAUCUGGAACAGGCCUGUGCAAACCUUAAACUACUAAAAUCUUCCUAUACAUCCUUAUGUUUUUUUAAUAGUUGCUAUAGUAAUUUUGUUCCUGGGAAUACUUUUAAUUUUGAUUGUGUUACACAAAGCUGAACAGAUUCCUUGUGUUUUAAAUUAUCUAUUUCAAGCUUUUAUUCUCACUAUAGUCUCUAAAAAUAAUAAUGAAAACAUUUAUAUAUAUAGUUAUAUUUGUCACCUUUACCCAGGCAUGGAAAGACAAUGCCUUAGUCAGAAUUUCACAGUCUCUAGCAACUUCUGGAAAUUUAACAAAAUGUUGGAUAUGCUACCCCAACCCUCGUACCACUCGUGAACAUAACAGUCUACUCGUACAACCUGUUCUAAACUUUAGCUUAAUUCCUGAGUGCAUUGUCAAUCAAACCCAUCAUAGCUAUGUUGGAUAUAACCCCAUAAUCAGCUAUCCAGUUCGUCUAGCACAUUCCAGUCAACCUUUACCAUGUUUUUAUAUUUACACUCGUAUCCUUCCUCCAAAGUUUACCCAUAAGACUAUAGAAGAGGCUGAAGCUGCAAUAAUAAAACUUUUAGAAAAAUACCAUCAAGGAUCCCUCAAAGGUGAAGGUCCAGAUUUACCUGGGUGUGCUACUACUGACCCAUGGCUUAAUAAUCUACGAGAACAAAUUAGGCAAAACUUUGAGAAGUUUGUAUGUGCACCCCCUGGCUUUAUUUUUGUCUGUGGGGGAGAUCACCACCCAUGGGCCCGUAGAUGCAUUAAAGGGUGGAUUAUGAGGGGGCAAUGCCUCCUAGGAUAUCUAUUUACACCUGUAUCCAUAUUCGAUGCAGAGGAAACCCAACACUGGUCUAGUUCCCUCAAACCUCCCUCUGGAUUCAAACAAGCCACUUUAGAUGGUAGCUCCAUCUACUCCUUUGGAAGAGCAUUUUUGGCACAGUGGGAAGUUACUAAUCGUGAGCAGAUGAUUAGAAACCUUUCUGUUACCUUAGGCAAACUUGCUGAAGAGAAUGCUGCUUCCAUUAUAGCACAGCAAAAAGCUAUUGACUUUUCACCCAAUCUUAAAUUAGACAGCCGAAUUGCUCUAGACUACAUAUUAGCAGAAAAAAGAGGCAUAUGUAUGGCAAUGAAUGCAUCUUGCUGUGUCUAUAUAAAUAUGUCUCAUGAAGUAGAAACCCAUUUAGAAACUAUUAGAAAAGAAGCCACCUGGAUCAAAUAGGUCUCUAACAUGGAACCUGAAUUUAAUCUGUUUAGUGAUCUUUCUGGUUGGUUAUUAGUAGAAAUCAACUGAUUGUUUAGAAAAAUAUUAUAGAUGGUUUGAUACUUCUACUUUUGAUUGUUAUAAUCUCUAAAUGCUAUACUUUUAAUUUUUCCCAACUAUGUAAAUCAAUAGAAUGAAUUUUAGGCUAACAUUAUGCUAGCUCAAAAGAUUGAACUACCUACCUAUAACUUUCCUGAAGAAGCUAUUUCUGAAAACAUGUAAGAAUUCUGUGGGUGAAUGGUUAGAGGCUUGCUCUCUCUUCCUCUCUACCACUCAUAUUUGGACCAAAAAAAAACUCACUGUUUUUAUCUACAAAUUUCCCUCCUCCCUUGGAUAUAAAUUCCUAGGAAUGAACCUUCCUAGACAUGUGAGAUAUGACCUGGAACAUAAAAUGGCUACAUAAGAAGCAAUAAAAUUAAUAUAGCAUCCAUCAGCAAUGCUUACUCUGAAAGACCUCAAUAAAAGGGGGAAUGAUAAGAAUUCUGGGAUGUCUUAAGUUACAGGCCAGAGAAUACAAGGAAGAAAAAGAAGUCCAUUGAACUCAUAGUUUCAACUUCAAGUUCAGUCAACAAAGAAAAAAGAAGAAGAAGGAAACAUUCUAAAUUUCUUGUCUGUAUGCUGAAGACCACAUUGUAUUCUGCUUUUGGAAACAACCAACCAAAAAGUAGCAAAACUUUCUCUUUAUGGACUACCCUGCCAGUACUUUGCCUGCUUUGUGAUGUCCCGCCCCUCUUAUCUGUAGCCAAUGUAAGUUCAGUGCAAAUUAUUUGUGUUUCCUCAUUCCAAAAUUUUAUUAUAAAACACUAUGCCCUAACCUUAGGUCUGGUGGACAUUUUUUCACUGGCUAUCUGGCCAGGCUGCUGGUGGCUUAGGGAACUUGUCCCAGAACCAGUCCUUUACCUUCUGGCUAGCACCUAUAAAACUCAAUAAACCCUUUAUAUCCAGAGACCUCUUAGU